GUGGGCGGGGCCCCUCACGAAACGGGCGGGGCCCGGCGGUGGUGUCGCCGCUCGGCAAGAUGGCGGAAGAGAGCCAGGCCUUGUCCUCGGAGCCGCUGAGCGCUGCGCUGUUGCCCGCUGAGCCGCUCCUACUAAUCUUCAGCUUCCUAGAUCAUACAGACCUGGUCAGUUGCCGGUCUGUUUGUCGCAGAUUUAAUCAACUCUGCAGUCAUGACCCCUUGUGGAAGAGGCUCUGUGAGAAGUACUGGUUGCUGACAGCGGAGGAUAAAAUGCAGCGGAAUGUAUGUUGGAUGGAGCUUUUCCGCCAGUUCUACUGUGACUUGGGUCGCUACAUUGAUCACUACAGCCAGUUGAAAAAGGCCUGGCAGGAUUUGAAAGAAUACCUGGGGUGGAGAUGUCCUCGCAUGAUUACCUCUUUGAAUGUGGGUUUGACUGAAGAAGAGCUGGAUGCCGUCGAACGGCGAAUUCAGUUCAAGCUCCCCAAUGAUUAUCGUUGUUCCCUUCGCAUUCAUAAUGGGCAGCGACUGGUCGUCCCUGGGUUGAUGGGCAGCAUGGCGCUUUCUAGUCACUACCGCUCUGAGGAUCUCUUGGACAUUGAGACGGCCGCUGGGGGUUUCCAGCUGCGCAAAGGUUUGAAGCACUGCCUCCCGCUGACGUUCUGCAUUCACACUGGGCUCAGCCAGUAUAUGGCGCUGGACGAGGUGGAAGGCCGCAAACGAAGUGACAUCUUCUACCACUGUGCGAAUCAGAUGGCUUGCGAUCCGUCUGUUGUUGACAUGUUCCUCACAGGCACCUCAUUCACAGAAUGGUUCACCAAGUUUGUUCACAAUGUAAUUUCAGGGCGAUAUCCCAUCAUCCGAGACCAGAUAUUCCGGUACAUUCAUGACGAAAGUUGGGUGGCUCGAACUGGGGAUAUUAUCAUAUCUGUAGCCACCUCCUUCCUCCCAGAAUUGAGCUCGGUGCACCCACCACAUUAUUUCUUCUCAUACAGAAUCAGGAUUGAAAUGGUGGAGGAUGCCUCACCAGAUAAUGCCUGUCAGUUGGACAGUCGGUACUGGAAAAUAACCAAUGCAAAUGGUGAUGUGGAGGAGGUCCAGGGUCCUGGUGUAGUGGGUGAAUUCCCUGUGCUGCGCCCUGGUACGGUGCACGAGUAUACCAGCUGCACCACCUUCACCACUGCCUCGGGUUAUAUGGAAGGUUACUACACCUUCCACUAUCUUUCCCAACACAGAAGCACCUUCAAUGUUACCAUCCCAAGGUUCUGUAUGGUCUGCCCGCCGCAGCGAGUGCCGCCUGCUCACCAGAUUGGGUACAGUCACGAUCCCUCAAAUGACAGCACAAGUCCGUCCAAUAGCAGUGACCUCAACCCCAAUCUCUUUGGCAAUUUCCCUCCAGCUAUGGGCCGUUGUCCCCGUCACACCUGAAGUGGAUUAGCAAUCGAACGAUUCUCAGCGAGCUGUUUUCCUAUCCUGCAGGACGACGAUUCAAUCAUCAACCAACCGGACAGAAAUAAACAAGAUAGGAGUGGGGUGUGCAAAACAAAAGCAGCUAAGUUCAACUGUGAAGCUGCUAUCCUAAAUAACCGAAUGAGCAGCUCACUGAUCAAACACUGAAGAGGAAGUUGGGCACUUGUUCUGAAAUAGUAGAUUUCCUGACCUCAGGAGGAGAGGUCAGCAGUUACUGUGCCAAGGAUUAACCAAAUUGCGUGUCUUGUAUUCUAUUCCUCCUCUCAGAAAGUGCUGCCUAAUUCAGUUUGCAGUGUCACUGACUGACUACUUAAUAUAGCUCGCGGACAGUGGUCUUGCAGUGUAAAGUGUCCGGCAGCACCUUGUUCAGUGAUGCUAUUUCCUAGCCCUACUCUCCAGGAGCACUUGUGGGGCUCUGAGAGAGAUUAUGAAUAGCUCUCCCUCUCUGCCCACUGCAUUCACUGCAUUCUGUACAUGCCUGUAUUCCGUUGGUGCUCACCAGCUAUGUUAAAUUAGGUCUUCUCACUGAGAGCACUCCGCGCUUUAUUCCAACGCAGUCCCGGGCAAGAGAAAGCAACCCAAUACCUGAACUGUCCCUGUCUUCUGAUAAGUCAUGAAAACAGCUUCUGAGUGACCUGCGGUAUGCAGGAAGGUGAAGGUUGGAAUUAUGGAAGGAGGUAAAGAAUGUCGGGAAAAAAGGCAAAGCAACAGAAUUGUCAAAUAUCAGAAGAGGAGCCUUUCAACUCUAUCGCAGAGUUUAAUCAUAGAGUCCCUACAGUGUGGAAACAGGCCAUUUGGCCCAAUAUGUCUACACCGACCCUCCAAAGAGUAUC